UAAAUUAAUAGUGCUUUGUCGGCUGUUAAACAUUGUAAAUCGCAGCACUUUUUAACUAUUUUUGUUAAGUUAUUACUUUAUCACGGAUAACAAGAAUACUGAUGCAUGUUAUUUUGUUUUAAUUCAGUAGUUGCUAAACAAAUAGUUUCCGUGUUAUUCAGCUUGCAGCAGUUCAAAUGGAGCUGCAGGCAUUGCUAGUGUUAUGCGGUGUUGGUGUGGCCGGUGUAGCUGUAGUCCUUCUUAUGGGAUUGUUUUCUGCAUCCGGAACUAGCUAUGAAGAAGCCAUUGCCCAGCAACGUCGAGCCACCAAUGAACUAUUAGCGCUGGCCGACAACAAGAACAAAUCAAAGAAGACUAAUAAGAAAGCUAACAAAAAGUUGGCUAAGAAAGAAAAGAGAGAAGCAGCGGCAACCGGCAGUGAGGUUGAAGAGGCGACUGUUGAAAGUUGUGCCGAAGACGACAAUGCAACUCCUAAACCUCACGUCGAAUUCAGCCCCGAUGUUGUUGUUGAGCAUCCGGCAGAAACUCCAAACAUCAAAAUUCGCAAACGCGGCAAGGAUCCUAAAGUUAAACCGAUAUUGCUUAACAAAGAGGAUCCAAGCUGUGUUAGCGAUCCCAGCGCCGCCGCCACGCCGGUGGCAGAGGUGGCAAACCAUUUUGAGGAAAUGCACCCCAAGGACGAAAUUGAAUUAUUACAAUCGACAUUGGAAAAAGUGGCUGAGAAGAAAGAGGAUGUUGUUGAAAAGAAAGAAUCCAAGACUAAACAGGCGAAGGGCAAAGUGACAAAGAACGAGCCUAUCAAAGAAGAACCGGCCAAUGAACAGAAAAAUAGUUCAGAAGCACCUCAGGAACAAAAGAAAGCUAAGAAGGUGGAGAAGAACCCAGAAGUGAUUGAGGAGGUGGUACCACCUCUGAAUGCCCCUCAGCCCAGCGAGCUUACCACAGAGAAAUUACUGAAGCAGGUCCAGGUUACCACACACACCACCACCUCACCACCCAAGAACAAGAAGAAGAAAGCGGAACAGAAUGUACUUGCUAUGAUUGCUGGUGAGGGCGGCGGCGUGGCUGUUAGUGAAUUGGUUCGUGUUGUGAGAGAGGCGGCCUUGUCUAGGACUGAAAUACAGAUUCUUACAGACGCUCUCCUAAACAAACACCAUGAUCCACUGCCGCAGCACUCCGAAUGGACCGAGGGACCCAAUGACCCCAUGCAAAAGCUGAAGAAGCAGUUGGCGGAUAAGGAGAAGGCACUUGCUUAUGAGAUUGAAGCUUCCCAAGCACUACACGCCAAACUAAAAGAACUCCGGGCGGGUCUGAAUGCGGAGCGAGCGCGUGGUGCUGCAGCCGGGCGUGCGGCGGAGGCUGCGGCGAGCACAGCGAGGGCAGAGCUCCACACGCUACAGGGAAGACUCCAAAUGAUCCUUGAAGAUAAUCAGAAACUCACUCAAGAGAAACUGGUGCUUCAAACUAAACUGAAUGAAGAGAAUGAGGCUCAACGCUUGCAAAUGGAGAUGCACAUACAAAGAUUGACUAAGUCCAAGUCAGAUCUGGUUGCUCAGCUGGAGGUGUUACAAGCUCAUGCCACCGAGCUCGAGCAGCAGUUACAGGAGUCUCAACUCGCCUGCGGUAAGUUGGAGGCCCAACGGCAGGCGGCUGUGCGCGAUCUUCAUCUAUCAGAACAAGAUUGUAGGGAUCUUAUCAUAAGACAUCUCAAUGCCGAGGAAUACAGGAAACACAUCGUGCACUUGGAGAUGUUGAAAGGCGAGGCUGAGAUAGAGAAACAGGAGAUGUCGAAGGAGAUUUCAUCGCUUAAGGAACAGUUAUCGGAGCUUGAAAGCGAAUUGGCUGAACUUAAACAAUUGAAAGCUUCACCCGCUCAAAACGGUCUCCCUAAUAGUAUUACGGACGAACAGAAGUCAGCUGAAUUGGCUAAGGUUGAAAGUGUCGUCGAAUCAUUGAGAAACGAGCUAGCAACAGCGCAGAAGAGUAGCGCUGAACAGAAGCAACAAUUAGCGACGCUUCAGGAGCAACUGGACGCAUACAAGGAUAAGAAUAAUGAGUUGCGAAUUAAAAACUGGAAAGUAAUGGAGGCGUUACAAAACGCGGAAAAGUCGAUCAAGACAGAGAUCAAAGGACAGGAAAUAGACGAAGCUAUAGAAAAGGCGCAGGAGAUGCAUUUUAACGAAGUGGCCAAUGUAUUGAGAAAAGUCUACCCUGUUGGAGCGCCGAAUACAAAUCCCAGCAAAGAAUGGCUCGAAACGUUCGCUGAAAACCUCAAGAAGGAGUUGGAAGACAAGGAAACACAGAAGAAACAGCUUAGUGAAAUGUCGACUAAAAUAGCACAGAAGGAAAACGAGAGGAAACAGCUGGAGGUGGAAUUACAGAAGAAAUUGCAAGAAAAAGAAUUAGUUGUCAAAGAAAUCGAGGAGAACAUGAGACAGCAGAUACAGAAGAAGGAAAAAGAACUGCAGAUUAAAUUACAAGAAAAAGAGAAUGAGAUGCAGAAGAGAGUUGUGAAAGAAGUGAGAACGGAACGAGUAGAAGUUAGAGACGACACGCGCAUCAAAGAGCUGGAGACGCAGAACGAACAGUUACAAGCCCUCGUAGACAAAUACAAGAGGAUAAUAGAUGACACGGAAGGAGUUCUAGGUAGACUUCAAGCGGACGUUUCUCGCGAGGAGCAGCGUUGGCAGAAUCAGCUCGCGGAGAAGCAGCGUCAGCUCGACCAGCUGAGGUCUACCACCAUCAUGCAGGAACCUUUGGUGUUCGCAUACUCCUGCAUUGAAAGAUCUUUGCCGAGCGUCGUGACAGAGAUGCAGUCCAAAAUAGAUGCUCUGGAAGCCGAGCUACAGAAGCUACAAACAAAGAAUCACAGUAACUUUGCAGAUGCUGAGAGGAUUACAGAGGAAAGACUUAUGUCAGGUUUUUGUAGUAAACAAGAGUCAGAUGUACACAAUGGGCCGUUGCAAGUGCGUAUGUAAUAGAUUUAGGAAUAUAACGAGAAAUUAAAAUGAAGUCGUAUUAUGAAGCUAGCGAGUACCGCCCGAGUCACUGCCGUCACGUGUUCUGUGUUGUACCCCGUACCCCGUACCCUGUACCACGUACCACUGUACUAUUCACGUCGUACCACAGACGCUCGUUGUGAUAUCACCAUCAAUGUGUCAAAAUUGUUAUUAUAUGUAUUAUCGCUUUAAAUGUUGUAUACUCACCAACUCUCCAAUUUCCAUCGUAUGCUCAAUAUUUUUAAUAACAUUUUUUAUAUUCUAUUAAAAGGCGGUGCGCUCUUGUAACAACGAUUCUUUUUUUCUUGUACAGUCUAUCUCAUCGCAUAACAUGUAAGCUCACUUUAAGAUGUAAUUCGUUUUUAGUUACACUUCGGUACGUUAAAGUAAUUUUUGUAAGCCAUACAACAUUAUCAAUAAACGCGUUAAGUGUAUGUUUUAAAAUUAACACAUAGUUUAUUAAUUUUAAAGCUUUGUAUACAUGUAUCGGAAGUUGGAAGUACUUGUGAGAUAUAUAUGUGUACUUUAUAAUUUGGAAAUUGGACAGUUGUAGCUUUGGACUGAUUUUUUUGUUGGUCCGUACAAAAAGUAUGCUUUGGGAUAAAUGACAUAUUCCUAGUAGAUGUAAAAUUUACUUUUUGGGAUUGUAUUAGUGCUAUAAUUUUAUAAUAACCGGAUGAAUUGAAUGUAGGAAAGUUUAAAAUGUUCAUAAGCACCAAGAAUUUAUAGGAUGUUUGCUUAUAACCUGUAUUUAAUUCUAAUGUUAAGAAUAAGACUCGCUGGUAGAACACUAAAACAUACUUUUUUUUUUUAAUUUCUAUCGUACCAAGAAUCGAAUUAAUUUAAAUCAAAAUUUUGACAUUUAAAUGUGUUUUAUUUAUUAAAGAUUAUUUUAACUUUAGCCAUGUAGUUAAGCCUCGGUGUGUUAUACGAAUGGGAAGAUAAAAAAAAUUAUGUUCACUGCAAUAAAAUGAAGUUUACAAAAAUUCAAACAAAUAAAAAAAAAAUUAUCCGUCAUGUGAACUGAGGUUUAUCUCCAUGAAUAUUAUGACCAUAAAAUUUUUAUAUCAUUUUCAUUUAUACCAAGCUUUUUGCAAAUUCUAACAUUUUUCUAAAGUGAUUGUUAAAAAAAAUAAGCCACAGACAAAAAAACAAAAAUUGUCCGUUUUGAUUAUAUUGAUUUUGCAAAGGUUUUGUAUUCCAGAGUAUAAAAAUUUUUCGUGUGAUUUUUUCUUUUAUAAUUUUAGUAAAUGUUAUUUACUGUUAAGAUUUAUAUUAUUUAUAACUUUUUUACUCGUGCAUAUAAUCAUUUUUGUCAGUGCCUUAGACUAAAAAAUUGAAUUUGAUAAUCUGACUGUAUCAUUUAUUGAAUUAACGGAAACGAAUGCAUGUUAAUCGUAAGUUAUAUAGAUUCCUUUUCCCGCGGUCACGGCAGAUGUGACAGGUGGAUGGGAUAGUACUGUCAAAAAUUCGUUGCCGAGACAGGGAUGGCGACCGGAAAUUAAAAAAAAUACAUGUAUGAUUGAAAUGUCGAUCAAAAUUUAACCAAAAAAUAUUAAUUUCAAUUUUGCAUUAUAUAAUUAUCGAAAUAGUUCAGUUAGUUUGUCAUUAUGUAAUAAAUAACGUUACAGUUUCCCUCUAUGGCAGCGUAAUUUUUGAUUUAUCUAUCGAUGACUAUUGUUUGUGAUUGUUUUGAUUAAAAAUGUUCAUUAAUUUCGCCUGAGUCACAUAAAAAUGCCAUGUCGAAUGUCCCGAAAAAUUUUCUAGCAGUAGUAGUAUAAAACUUAAUUAUUGUGUAAUAAGCCAAUUUAUAUGAUGAUUCAUAUAUUAGAUAAAGACAUCAAAUAAAAUAUUUCUAUGAUAAA